AUGAGGGAGUCGAAAGAGAGGUUCUUUUGUUUCUCUCAUGAUAUGCUGGACGAAGCAUUGUUUGGUUUUCCAGUGAAAAUGAGCAUCGCAACUUCAGCUAUCGUUAGAGAUACGAUUGGAGUUAUAAAAUCUGAAGAAAAUUUGGAGAAUUUAUUGCAUUCGCAGAUAAAUGCGGAACAAUAUAUUACAACCGAAAAUAUAAUUGCAGAUAAUAAAAAAUAUAUUCAUUUUGGCGAAGAGUCAAAUAACGCUGUCAAGAAUAAAGAAUAUAGAAGAGAUUAUUACGGAGAUGUUGAAGGGUAA